AUGUUGAAAUCCACAUAUCGUACCGCGGGUCAGUCCGCUACGGACUCUCCUCUCCCAGCAGGUUGGACCGAACACAAAGCCCCGACGGGUCAUACAUAUUACUACAAUGCCGCCACGAAACAAUCCACCUACAGUCGGCCUACUGCGCCCUCCGACGAGCCUCUACAAAUUGACUAUGGCGCGACGGAACCCGACCAUGUGCUGCGCGCAUCCAUGCAGGCGAUGGAUGCGUUCCACAAGAGCACCAGCGCUACACUAGGACCAGGCGUCGGACCUGGUCAUUUUACAGGUGGAAGAAGCUAUCAGGACCAUGCUCGCCGCAGAGGCAACCAAGGUGACAGGCCAAAGUCGAAGGCAGCGAUACCCAACUGCGCGUCAUGGGUACUGGUCAAGACGAAGCUGGGAAGGAGAUUUGUGCACAACACCGAGACGAAACAGAGUUUGUGGAAAUUCCCCCAAGACGUCAUGAUGGCUGUGAUCGAGAUGGACAGACUUGAGUGGGAGGCAAAGAAGAAGGCGGAAAGUCAACCCCAGGAACAACCUCAGACUCAGGAGGAGGGUGCUACAGGAUCGCAAACACAAAGCAAAGACAGCGCACCGACACCAGCAGCCUCUGCUGAACGACAACCCUCCGCGCCGGCUAAUGGUCACGGACAAGGAGAGUACGACAGCGACUCGUAUGAGGAGAUCGAGGUUACCGACGACGAGGAAGAGGGCCCUGGCUCGCCCAACAAACGGCCUCGCCUGUCCCAGGAACCCGGGGGCGCAGCAGGGUCUCCCUCAGCACCAGCGGGCCCCGUCGAGUUCGACGAAGACGACAUAGCAUGGCAGCUAGCCCAGAUGGAGGAAGACUACGGCGACGACGCCGCAGGAGAGGUGAAUGCCGACGGGGAAGGACACGGAGAAGAAGAUCAAGGCCUCCCGCUCACUGCGAGCGACAACAUCGCCCUUUUCCGCUCCUUGCUCGACGAUUGCGGCAUCUCGCCGUACUCGACGUUUGAGAGGCUGAUCGAAGACCUCGCCAUCGUCGAAGACCCACGUUGGGUAGCAUUGCCCAACACCACGAGCCGCAAAGAAGCGUUUGUCGCGUGGUCGAAGGAUCGCAUCGUCGAACUCCAAGCGCGCAAAGAGUCUGAGAAGAAAGCGCGCGACCCGAAAGUCGAAUACCUGCGCUUCCUGCAGCGCCACGCCACGCCCAAGCUCUACUGGCCGGAGUUCAAGCGUAAGUUCAAGAAAGAACCGGAAUUGCGGGACGUCGCUAUGCCGGAGAAGGACCGGGAGAAGCUGUAUCGCGAGUUCGUCGCGAAAUUGAAGACCGGCGAAGCAGAGCGGCGGAAAGAUCUGGUGGCGUUGCUCAAAGGCGUGGAUAAGGCACUGCUGAAGAGAGGUAUGGACCUACACGACUUGCCGGACAGUGUGUUAAGGGAUCUGAGGUUCUAUACACUUGACGAAGGGAGGAGAGAUGAGCUGGUCAGAACGUUUCUAGAGACGCAGUGA